AGUGCGCAAUUAGUUUCCUCGUUGUUAGGCGCGCUUCCCCUGGUCUCUUGUUCGAAAAUCCGCCCACAGAUGGCUUCAGCUCUUACUUACGUCGCCGCUGUUUUAUUGGCGUCUGCAGCGACGAACGAGGCCGCCACAAGCUGUUCUCCGACGUGCCCGGAGCCGCUAGUGGUGGGCGGUCUCGUGCCCGACCCCAUCAACUGCGGCCGCUACUACGUCUGCCUGCAGGACGGCCUGCCCAGCGACUUCCCUUUCGAGUGUGAUGAUGGCAAGGAAUUCGACUCCGUCAACGCCGCCUGCGUUGAAGCGGGGACCGGUACAUGUGCCCUGUGUAAGCCCAAGUGCUCUGCCUACUCGUGCCCUCCAGAUGAAUCAGGGCUAAUCCCAGUGGCAGACCCCAACGACUGCGGGAUGUACUACCUGUGCGGCAUCGGCGACGAGCCUUUGCACAUCAAGUGCCCUGCAGAGACGCCCUACUUCAACGGCGUGGAAUGCGUGAAGGACGCGAGCGAGUGCUGCGACCCGUGCCUCGUGUACUGCAGCGAGCCCCUCACGCAGAUCCCCGACCCGGCCGACUGCACCAGCUACUACUUCUGCCUCGACGUCGGCUUCCCCGGGCCCGCCGACCUGCACCGCUGCGAGGAGGGCAACUUCAACGCCACGACCGGCCACUGCGACCCCGCCGCGCCGUGCGAGCAAGUGCCCCGCUGCGCCGCCGCCGUCGUUGGCAAGUUCUAAAGGAAAAGUCUGAGGGCGGCCGGCAAGCUGGGCGGGGUGCUGCGGAAUGGCCGCGUGUGCGUGGCUGUGUAUAGUUUACAUAUAUACAUAUAUACAUACACAUAUUUUUGUGUGUGUGUGCGCGCGUAAAAACACAUAAAGAUAUAAUUAUGCAAUGAAUGAUUGAACAGAAAUACGAUUGUACACCUUUAUGGUUGUUUGUAUCGUUUAUAUUUUCCGAUAAUAGUUUAUAAUCACACUCAUAA